UCUUCCUACUCCUUUUCGAACAUGUAAAGAGAAAUGAAUACAUGUGAUUUAACUGUAUGCAUGUUUGAAAUAAACAUUCAAUAAAGCAUAAAUAAGCAAAAGGAAUGACUGGUUUUGUGUGUUUCUCUUAAAGAGACAGCUUGCCAAAAAUAAUUUAAGCACAACUACCAAAAAAAAAAUACCUUCCCUCUUUUGUUUGUAUGUGUGGAAAGUGUUAAUCAGUGUCAAAUGUCCCUUUUACCUAACAGCCUAUUUGGUGUAAUUAGAAUACAUUUAUUUUGGCACCUACCUUCAUAUUAGUUUACUUGUUAGUACCUCAGUGUCAACGCAAUUAUUUCACUAAAUCCUGUAAGCACCCCAAAUAAAUAUGUAUAUAACUUAACUAUUAUCUAAGAUAACUGUUGCAUUUAUAACUCAUUGAUUCAAAUUGUGUUACAACAUGAGAACAGAAAGUAAACACGUCAUGCUAUGAAUUGGAAAAAGGGUAGGAUUAAAUAUGCGUUGAUUCUUCCUACUCCUUUUCGAACAUGUAAAGAGAAAUGAAUACAUGUGAUUUAACUGUAUGCAUGUUUGAAAUAAACAUUCAAUAAAGCAUAAAUAAGCAAAAGGAAUGACUGGUUUUUGUGUUUUUCUUUAAAGAGGCAGCUUGCGCUAAAAAGACAACUAAAACAAACAAAAAAACUUCAUACUUUUGUUUGUAUACUAUCAUGAUCACAAUGUCCAGAUGAAGACACUUUUGUCUUAUUUGUGUUGGAGAUACCAGUGAGGGGUUUAAGCACAUCGCUAAUCAUAGCAGGUUUGCAUACAGUACUCUGCUUUUACCAUAAUCAUAGCUACAAUUGAGUCAAUUUUGUCAUCCACUUUAGUUUGUACUAAAAACUCAAAUCAAAUGUAUUUUGAAUAUGUAUGUAAUGACAUGUUAAAUAUAGUUUCAGUGUUCCUUUUUGUCAGAAUGGUUUUAAUUAUAUGUGGUACUAAUAUAAGAUAUGUUGAAUGACUCACUUAACAAUGCACAAGCCUUUAUGGCACUUACACGUCCUCUAAAUUGUUGGGUUUUUUACCAGUGAAACUUGAGCUUGCAUUGCUAUUAUUACAGUGUUUCCCGAAUGAAUGGUUGCAGGUUUAUUUUAUAUUGUUGCAAAUUUGGGGAAACGUCUAAGAGCUGGCAUUCUGCCUUUAACGUGCGAUUUCUAGCACAAACAAACGGAGGCAGUACUGCACAUUGAAGUUGCCACCCAUUCAAUGACACGCAAAAUAAAGGAAGUGGGUGCAGCAGGGAGUGCUAUUCAUAUCCAGACAUGCUAAACACAAGCAUAGAGCAAAGAAGAGAUGUGACAGCGUCCCGCUUUCAGUGUGACAGGAACAGGAAGUGGUAAACACACUGAGAGAAUGCUAAAAAGAUGAGGCUUCAUCAUCACCGAGCUCCCAAACUGAUCAGACUUCCUAUACCAUUGAACUGUGGAUGGAGUGACGUUUAAGUUGUUUGGAAGCAAGAUGACACAGAAAGACGCCGGUAGUGGCACUACCCAGGAUGGAGACAAACUGAAAAUUGUCAUUGUGGGCGAUGGAGGCUGUGGGAAAACAUCGCUCUUGAUGGUGUACGCUAAAGAUUAUUUCCCAGAGAAAUACGCCCCGACUGUGUUUGAAAAAUACUCCACCUCUGUGGUUCUUGGAGGGAAAGAAGUAAAGGUCAACCUGUAUGACACAGCAGGACAGGCGGACUACGACAGGCUGCGGCCGCUCUCCUACCAGGAAGCUCAUUUGAUUUUAGUCUGCUUUGAUGUGACCAACCCGACCAGUUUUGACAAUGUCACCAUAAAGUGGAUCCCAGAGGUGAAGCACUUCUGUCCCAACAUUCCAGUCAUCCUUAUCGGCUGCAAGACUGACCUCAGGAAGGAUAAAGAGUGCAUCAGAAGGCUCAAAGCCAUUAAUCAAGCUCCUAUCACUUACACACAGGGCCUGGCCACCCAACAGGGGAUGAACGCCGAGCUCUACCUGGAGUGCUCGGCUAAGUACCAGGAGAACGUGGAAGACGUCUUCAGGGAGGCCGCCAAAAUGGCUCUGGCGUCCCGUCGCAAACACAGAAACUAUAAAAGGAAGAGGAAAUGUGCCAUUUUAUGACGAUAAGAGAGGAGCUCCAUGCCUGUCAGUCAAAGUGUUGACACGCCUCCUGUUGACUGGAGAUACAUCGAGGGUUUUCAUAUGCACUUUGGAGAAAGAUGGAAUGUAUUUAGUAAUUAUUUCACUGUCAUGUAUUUUUUUUUUAAAAAAGUGUUUUUGUAGUCUUUUAUAAAACAAACAAUGCCAAAUGUUGAGUAUUUUGUAUGAUCAAGGGCAGUGAAGUGUAUAUACUUACAAGAAACCGAAUAGCUUUGUCUUUGACCUUUUUUUUUACUUAAAGAAAGCAAAUUAACAUAUUAUAUGAGAAUGUUAUGUUAUGAUUAUCUUUAACCGAAUCACAGCGGUGCUCAAAUUAAAAAACAGCAUUACCUCUCAUGUGAUAUUGCUUAAUUAACAUUAAUGAUGUGCACUUUAACAACUAGGCUUACAACUAUACCUAAUAUAUUAAAGGGGUGGAAAAGUGACUAUUACCUGCAGGGCAAACAUUAGCUAACCAGAAGGCAAUAACAAUGUAAACAGAAAAACACCUGCUUAAAAGAUCUAAUACAAAUGUCCCUGAGGAAUGUAAAGUGGGAGUACUGUAAUUACCUAACGUUACAUUAUUAUUUUCCAUAACAAUUUAGCCCCCUCCACAAUAUUAACCCGACGUUAAAACAGAACUAGCUAUUUAUUGAUUAGCAAUUGCCAAAUCAUGUAACAUUAGCUUAAUGCUAAAAAGCCAGGUUACUAUCACAUUCUGUAACAGACAAAUAAUUUCAUGUAGGCUAACGUUACCUACCUACUACCUCUGU